AUGCUGCUGCCGCAGGUGGGCUGCUUCCCCGGCGCGGACGCGGGCCGGGAGCGGCCAGGUGGCCGGUACCCGUUCGGGGUCUACCGCUCGGCGUUGGCGAGGUGUUGCCGCGAGCCGAUCAGGCUGCACCAGCAGAUGCUUCGGAGGGCGCACUCGGCGGGCGCCCACUAUCUGAACUACACGUUGCUGUACCUGCAGCCGGAGGAGUACGGGGCCCCCGAGUCGGGCGAGGUGCAGCUCCCCGGGUUUCGGUUGCACCACCUGGGCGCCGCCAGCAUGACGGAGGAUAUCGGGAGCCUCGUCGGGGCGGCUUGGGACUUCUGGAUCAGGUGGGAUGCCCAGGUCGAGCGAAACCGCGAGCAGUUCGCGGUGGGCUCCGCGAGGGAGGACCUGGGCAUCGACGGGGAGGACUUCCUGCCUGUCUUCGAGGCACUCCGAGCUUCGGGGGCCGAGAUGAGCUGCGCAGUGCUCGACGUGGGUGCCAACAAUGGCCUGGACCAGAGCCCGCUGCGAGGCUUCCACGCCGCAUACGGCGCACGCGUUCGCGGCGCUGCGCUCGAGGGCUCGCGCCCCAACUGCGCGGCCUACCGCGCCCGGUUCCCACACAUGGAGGUGCACUGCGGUUGGCUGAGCGCAGAGGGCCUAGGCUCCCUUCAGGAGCCGUCAGCUGGAGGCUGCUUGCACGUCGGGGGCGCCUUACUGCGUGGACCUAUGGAAGGUCGACAUCGACAGCAUCGACUGCACCGUCGUUGA